AUGAUGGUAGGUAAGGGAAAGUGGGCGGGCACCGGCGGAGUGCAAGGUGCCCCUCAGGGCGGAGAGGGUGACUCAGAGAAGCCCAGACACUACAUGUACACAAAUAGACAGGUGUUCGAUGGGAAACGAAUGCGAAAGGCUGUACAGAGGCACACUGUGGAUUAUUUCAAUACGUGCACCAGAUAUUUAGAGGCGAGGCUGUGGAAGAAGGAUGUUCGUCGAGAUCUGCUGCACCUUCAACCCGACGCCAACUACACGCGAGAGAUACUCCCGCCAUAUGCAAUGCAAUCGACACCAGUCAAUGCGGUCACCACAAAGCUAGCCCACACCUCAACAAACAAAGUCAGGCGACCCACGUUCACAUGCACUUGGACUCCCGAGGGCCGUCGUUUAAUCACUGGAUCGUCAAGCGGCGAAUUCACACUCUGGAAUGGCCUGACGUUUAAUUUCGAAACCAUUCUACAGGCACACGAUCAAGCGGUGAGGGCGAUGAUGUGGUCACACAACGACAGCUGGCUGGUUACUGGAGAUCAUGGGGGCGUGGUCAAGUACUGGCAAGCCAACAUGAACAAUGUCAAAGAGUUCACUGCGCACCGAGACGCUAUCCGUGGAAUGGCCUUCUCACCCAACGACAGCAAAUUUGUCACUGGCGGCGAUGACUCAUUGUUGAAGAUUUGGGAUUUUGCCACGGGCACUGAGGAACAGACACUCACAGGCCACGGAUGGGAUGUCAAGUGCCUGGACUGGCAUCCGCAGAAGGGGCUGGUGGUGUCUGGCUCAAAGGAUAACAAUGUGAAGUUCUGGGACCCUCGCACAGGCACAAACGUACACACCGUCCAUCCCCACAAGGACACCAUACUAGACACGAAGUUUAAUCGCAAUGGUAACUGGCUGCUCACAUGCUCUCGCGAUCAACUGGCCAAGGUGUACGACAUGCGGACAUUGCGAGAGUUGGACUCCUUCAAAGGCCAUCGCAAGGAAGUCAACACAGUCGCAUGGCACCCAGUGCACGAACGGCUUUUCGCCAGUGGGUGUGCCGAGGGCAGCAUCUUCUACUGGCUGGUGGGCAACGAGAAAGAGGCGGGAAGCAGCAUCAACGCGCAUGAGAGCAACAUUUGGGACCUUGCGUGGCAUCCCAUGGGCCACAUGUUGGCUUCGGCUUCGAAUGACCACAGCACAAAGUUCUGGACACGCAGUCCGCUGGGCAGUUUGGGCACGGAUGAGGAAUUCGGGGUUGUGAGAACGAAUGUGCCGAUGUCCUCGGGAGAUACACAGAUGAGCAUUCCUGGGUUGGGAGGCGGCAAGGACGCGUACGGUGCGCAUCCCAAGCUCAGUAUGGCUGGCUCCACCGGCCCACGCGGGGGUGGCUUCAACAAACCCAGAGCUCCCUUUAACAGCAACAACAACAACACCAACACGGGCAAUCCCAAUAGCUCAGGUGCUCCACCUAUCAAUGGAGGCAGAGGUUACGAUAACCCCAACUUCAUGGGUGGGUACAGACCGCCGUCCAGUAAUGUGCGGCCGAAUGGGAGUGACUACAGGCCGCCGGCCAAUCAGAACCGUCCGAUGGGAAGCGACUACAGACCGCCAGCCAAUCAGAAUCGAGCAAUGGGCAGUGACUUUCGGCCACCGACCAAUCAGAAUAGACCGCCAAUGCGACACCCUAAUAUGGGUGGGAGCGGGCCACCUCCGAUGGGACCACCUCCAACUGGUGGUCCACCCACAGGAGGCCCCCCCCAAGGCCCCUCUGGAGGCCCCAGUGGCCCCCCACCUCAGUGGAAUGCCAGCCAGGAUCGAAACCAGAUGAUGGGCAACCGCCCACCCAACCAGAUGCAAGGCAAUAGGCCGAGUAAUAGGCCCCCGUACAAUAAUAAUAAUAAUAAUAAUAAUAUGAGUGGGGGGUACCAGCCGCAACAAGGCUUCUCGGGGCAAGGGCUUCCGCCCAGUCACGGCCACUAUAUGCACCAGGCACAAGAUAGAGGACCUCCUCGUCCCUCUAAUGCUGGACCUCCCAAUGGAGCCCCUUCGAAUGGCCCCGCAUCUGGCCCGCCUUCUGGAGGGCCUCCGAAUGGACAAGACCCGUAUGUGCAUCCACAGAGACAGCAAAGUAUGCGACCAUCGCAAGGAGACGGUCAGAACAGAGGUCAACCCAAUAGGGGUAGGCCGUACUAG